AUGUCCUCAGUUCAACAACCAUGUGAUCGUCAUUUAGAUCAAUUAUUAAGUAAAAAUGACCGUACUAGCAUCAAUAUUAAUGCAGGUAUUGAUUCUGGACAUAGUGAUGGAAACGAUGAUGCGAAACUUGGAUUUUUGGCUCCUGAUGAGUUAGAAAAAAUACACAGUAGCCCACACUGGCAGCGUUUAUCCGAAAUUGCUGUUGAAGAACAAGAAAAAUCGACUCCCGCCAAGAAAUUGUCACAAAAUCAAAAGAAUACAAGUUGCCAAUCGGAUAUCAAAAACUGA